UUACAAAGUAAGUUUAAUCUUAAUGGCAUGCACAAGCCUGGUGAUUUAAUUCUGGGAGGGCUAUUUGAAGUCCACUACAGUUCUGUCUUCCCUAAGAUGACAUUCACGUCAGAGCCGCUUCAGCCAAGCUGCCAAGGGUUUGAUGGUCUUGGAUUCAGGCAUGCCAUGACCAUGGCGUUUACUAUUGAUGAGAUCAACAAGAACGCCAAUCUGCUUUCCAAUGUGACUCUGGGAUACAGUCUUUUUGACAACUGUGCAACACUGGGUAUUAGCUUCAGUGCUGCAUUGUCACUGGCCAGUGGUCGAGAGGAGCAGCUUGUGCUUCAGGAGGAUUGCUUAGGGAGCCCUCCGGUUGUGGGGAUUGUGGGUGAUCCCUUUUCCACUUUUUCUAUUGCCAUGUCCAAUGUUCUUGGUUUAUUCAAACUGCCUAUUGUGAGUUAUUAUGCCACAUGUUCCUGCCUGAGUGAUAGGCAAAGAUUUCCAUCCUUCUUCAGAACAAUCCCAAGCGAUACUUUCCAGGUGCGUGCUAUGAUUCAGAUACUUAAACACUUUGGCUGGACAUGGGCCGGCCUUCUGGUCAGUGAUGAUGAUUAUGGACUACAUGUUUCCAGAUCUUUUCCAUCUGACUUGGCCCAGUCAGGUGGAGGUUGUCUGGCCUACUUAGAGAUUUUGCCAUGGGGCAAUAAUCCAAAUGAAUAUAAGAGGAUUGUGGAUGUGAUGAUAAAAUCUACAGCUCGUGUGGUCAUCGUGUUUGCACAUCAAAUGCAUCUGGUUCAACUCUUGGAAGAGGUGGUGAAGCAGAAUGUGACAGGCCUGCAGUGGAUUGCCAGCGAAGCCUGGACAUUAGUUGAUGGACUCCAUACUCCUGCCUUCAUGCCGUACCUAGCUGGCACACUGGGCAUUGCCAUCCGCCGAGGAGAAAUACCAGGGCUCAGGGACUUCUUGCUAAAAAUUAAUCCUGAGCAACACCACAACAAUAACCAUGGAAACAGUAUGGUGAGAGUCAAGCAAUUUUGGGAAUACACGUUUCAGUGUAGAUUUCAACCACUCGCUGCAGAUGUGCUGGAACCUGGCGCACGACAAUGCACCGGACAAGAAAACCUUGCGAAUACGGCGACAGAUCUACUGAAUGUGUCAGAGCUCAGGCCUGAGUACAAUAUUUACAAGGCUGUGUACGCCCUGGCAUACGCCCUUGAUGACUUGCUGCACUGUGUUCCAGGGAGAGGACCUUUUAGCGGGCACAGCUGUGCCACUUUGCAAACACUGGAGCCAUGGCAGCUCAUGUACUAUUUGGAAAAGGUCAACUUCACCACAUCAUUUGGUGACCAAGUUUCAUUUGAUGAGAAUGGUGAUGCCUUACCAAUAUAUGAUAUCAUGAACUGGAUGUGGCUCCCUGAUGGAAGGACGAAAGUUCAGAGUGUGGGCGAUGUUAAAAGGUCAGCCUUCAAAGGUGAAGAACUGAGAAUUAAUGAGGAGGAAAUCUUCUGGAACUUUAAGUCUAAGCAGCCACCUAGGUCAGUCUGCAGUGAAAGCUGCUCCCCUGGUACACGUGUUGUGAGGAGGAAGGGACAGCCUGUAUGCUGCUUUGAUUGUAUCCCUUGUUCUGAAGGAAAGUUCAGCAAUGAAAGUGACUCCAUGGAGUGCAUCAGCUGUCCAGAUGACUUCUGGUCCAGCCCCCAGCGUGACCACUGUGUUCCUAAGAAAACAGAGUUCCUCUCAUAUCAUGAACCUCUGGGUAUCUGCUUGACAACUGCUUCAUUGCUGGGAACAUUUAUCUGUGCUGUUGUCCUAGGAAUUUUCACCUAUCAUCGAAGUACACCCAUGGUGCGCGCCAAUAAUUCUGAACUAAGCUUUCUGCUUUUGGUUUCACUUAAACUAUGUUUCUUGUGUUCACUGCUGUUCAUUGGUCGACCAAAACUGUGGACAUGCCAACUGAGACAUGCAGUAUUUGGAAUCAGCUUUGUGCUCUGUGUCUCAUGCAUCCUGGUGAAAACCAUGGUUGUCCUGGCUGUGUUCAAGGCCUCAAAGCCAGGAGGGGGAACCAAUCUGAAGUGGUUUGGUGCUAUGCAGCAGAGAGGAACAGUUUUAGCUCUUACCUGCAUCCAGGCGGCAAUCUGCACUGCUUGGAUUGUCUCUGCCUCACCAACUCCUCAUAAAAACACACAGUACCACAAUGAUAAGAUUGUUUAUGAGUGUGUUGUAGGGUCCACAAUCGGUUUUACUGCAUUACUGAGCUACAUUGGCUUACUGGCUACCCUCAGCUUCCUAUUAGCAUUUCUAGCAAGGAAUCUUCCAGAUAACUUCAAUGAGGCCAAACUCAUCACAUUCAGCAUGCUGAUAUUCUGUGCUGUGUGGGUGGCUUUUGUCCCAGCUUAUGUAAACUCACCAGGCAAAUAUGCUGAUGCAGUGGAGGUAUUUGCCAUCCUGGCCUCCAGUUUUGGCCUCUUGGUGGCACUGUUUGGUCCUAAAUGUUACAUAAUCCUGCUGAAACCAGAAAGAAAUACAAAGAAAGCUAUCAUGGGUCGAAGUGCUACCAAGUCAUAA